UUAACAGGACUGAAAAAGCGUACCCGAAAGGCCUUCGGGAUACGGAAGAAAGAAAAGGACAGUGACUCCACUGGAUCCCCAGACAAAGAAAAAUCUAAAAAAGCCAAUGGUGCACCGAAUGGUUUCUACGGUGAGAUCGACUGGGAUCGUUAUAACUCUCCUGAUGUUGACGAUGAGGGUUACAGCGUUAAACCCGGAGAACAAGGAGGAACAGCUCCAAAAGUCAAGACGUUCUUCUCCUCCAGUGAGUCGGAGGGAGAGGAGGAGCACGGAAAGAAAUUUAAGAUCAAGAUCAAACCUUUGACAGCAAACAGUGGAAACUGUACAGUGUCUACUAUGGAUGAGCUGAAGGCCUCAGUGGGGACGCUGGCCAUCUCUCCUUCUCCUCUGGUUAGUCUCGCUAGAAAGAGUCCGUGCCCGAUGAAGCGAAACCUGUCAAAUGAGGAGAUCGCCAGACCACGACGAUCUACUCCAACACCCACGACAACUCCAGGACCUGGUUCGGACCCGCCCAGAGAAAACACAACAGCGUUCUUCGGCCCACCGUUUGAGACCAAUUUCGAAGCACACAACUCAGAAGUGUUCCCGGUUGAGCCGGAGCUCUGGUGUCAGUCCACUUCUCUCUCCACCUGUGUUCUCAGCAGAUCUCUGCCCACUGGAGCUCCGCCUCCACUUCCUCCAAAGAACAUUCCUGUGACCCCACCUGGACGCAGUUCUAGCUCUGUAGAGUCCUCCGGUUAUUAUAGUGUGGUUCCUAGCAUCAGAGGAGAGGGAUCAGCUUCGGCCUGUCAGGACGCCCCAUUAUCUGACCCAUCCGGAGGGGCGUCUAUGCCUGACUUGGACAGUGUUUUUGGGCCUGUGGAGACGCCCAGGUCUGCAUCAGAUGUGGUGCAGUGCAGCUGGGUGAGCUUCAGCGAAGGCUCUCCCGCCAGACCCCCUCCCCCAGACGAACCCGCCCCUUCUCCGCCUCUGUCUUCUUCCCCCACGGACUCGCCCCCAACCUCGCCCCUCAACCUGCCGCCUCCCGCCUCCCCGCCUCCCCCCCUCCACUCCAUCCCGCCUCCAGAUUCACCUCCACCACCUCCACCCUCGGACUCUCCUCUGAAUUCACCUCCACCACCUCCACCCUCGGACUCUCCUCUGAGUCCUCCAGACCUCCCCUGCUGCUUUCAGCUCCCGGAGUCCGAGCUCACCCAAGAGUCCCCAAUGACCCCCGCCAGCCCCGGACUGCCCUUCCCGCCAGCAGACCACCAUCCUCAUGGAGCCAUACCUUCCCCUCUUACCUUGAGAGACGACAGCAGGAGAACCCCUGACCUGGUGGGCAUGAGGGAUGAGAUUUCUGUGUUUGGCACAUCACCCAAAGACCUCGCAGCAGGAAGCUUCAGAGGAACCCCACCUCCUCUGCCACCUCCUACUUACAGGAGUGUGGUGGGCUCCCCGGGGCCCGGCAGUGGGCCGUCGUCUCCCGCACGUGCCGGCACUCCGCUGUCCGCUGGGAGUCCGAUCCCACCUCUACCACCAAGACCAUCGUCACGACCUAAACUACCACCUGGAAAACCAAACCUAGCAGAUCUGGCCCGACCCUUCAGCCCCCCCAUCCACUCGUGGAGUCCUCCACCCUUUGCUCCUCUGGCCAGAGCCGAAAGCACCUCCUCCAUCUCCUCCGUCACCUCUCUGAGCGCAGCCUCCACACCUACACUAGGCCGAGAGCUCAACCUCUCUGUGUCAGUAUGCUCCAGAGGUCCGAGUCCUCUCACAAUGGGUCCCCAGGACACUCUACCGGUGGCAGCCGCCUUCACAGAGACCAUCAGCGCUUACUUUAAAGGAGCAGAUCCCACUAAGUGUUUGGUGAAGAUCGCCGGUGAGAUGGUGUUGUCUUUCCCAGCAGGGAUCACCAGACACUUCUCCACCCAUCCCAGUCCACCGGUGCUGACCUUCACCAUCAGUCAGUACAGUCGACUGGAGCAGGUCCUUCCCAACCCACAGCUUCUGUGCUGCGACACCACGCCACCUACAGGUGAUUCAAAGGAGUUCUGGGUCAACAUGUCAAACCUGUUGAGUCACCUGAAGAAGGUGGCUGAGCAGAGGCCACAGGCCACGUACUACAACGUAGACAUGCUGAAGUACCAGGUGUCCACUCGAGGCAUCCAGUCCACUCCGCUGAACCUGGCGGUGAGCUGGCGGGGUGAUGCCUGCAGCACAGACCUCAGGAUAGACUAUAAAUACAACACGGAGGCCAUGCCCAUACCCACACCGCUCACCAACAUCCACUUCAUGGCAGCUGUGGACGGCGGCGUGAACAAACUGCAGGCUAUGCUCCCACUUGCCCACUGGAACCCGGAGGAGCAGAACAUAAUGUGGAAGAUCCCAGAGCUCUCACAGAGGUCUGAAAAUGGAGGCGUGGGCGCUCUUCUGGCUCGCUUCCGGUUAGCCGAGGGUCCCAGCAGACCUUCUCAGCUGGCAGUGCAGUUCACCAGUGAGGGCAGCACUCUGUCUGGAUGCGAUUUUCAACUCGUCGGUUCAGGCUACAGACUCUCUUUGGUCAAAAAAAGGUUUUCUGCAGGUAAAUAUCUGGCAGACAACUGACAUGUAGGAUGGACUGCGAGUGGGGAUGCUCUUUUGGCACUACAAAGACUUUGGAAAAAUGUUUUUAUUGAAAUACAGCACUCAAAAUCUCACGUAUAAUGUCUGGUGUAGAAUAUCAUCAGUGCGUUCUGUGGGUGUGUGUAUGUGAAUAUCAGUAAAUAUUUUGUGUGUGUAUAUGAUAAAACUUCAGGACAAAUGCAAUACGUGGACUUUUUUCGCUGGGUUCUUGCAGAAGGCAGAGUUUCUUUUUUCACUAUUGCACAUUUUCUCUCUGCCCCAAACCAAACACACCUAGUGACAUUACAAUCUAAUAACACCAGG